UGAGCCAUGUAGGUCCAUGUUUUCAUAUAGCCUCCAUAUAACGGUACCUCCCGAUAUUCACACAACUGUGGUAUUUGAAGUUCGAUAUGGAUACUACAACCUAUGACAGAAAAUUAUCUGUGCAGGGCCACGUCUUCGUAUAGCCCCCAUAUAAAGGUACCUCCCGAUAUUCACCGAAAUUGUUUCAAAUUUGGUAUUUGAAGUUCGAAAUGGAUACUAUAGCCUAAGACAGAAAUUUGUCUGUGCAGGUCCACGUCUUCGUAUAGCCCCCAUAUAACGGUAACUACCGAUAUUCGGUAUUUUGAUGAUUUUAGCGUCAUUAUUCACCGGAAAUGGGAACUACAGUCAGUGACGGAAAAUUGACUAUGCAGGUCCAGGUUUUUGUAUAGGCCCCAUAUAUCAGUACCCCCUACCCAUAGAAAUUGUUUGAGAUGUCGUAUUUGACUUUCGUAAUGUGACAGAAAAUUGUCUAUGCUAGUCCAGGUCUUCACACAGCUCCGAUAUAACGGCAUCCCCUAUAUACAAUAUUUUGAUGAUUUUAGCUACAAUAUUCACCGUUUAUUUCAAGUUUCGAAUUUGAAUAUGAUAAUGGCUUAUGACAAACAAAGACCCCAAUAUAACGGCUGUAUUCGGUAUUUUUAAAAUUUUAACAGAAUUUUUUAAGGAUUUUUUUUUUUUUUUUUUUUUUUGAAAAUUUCCAAAUUCGUUCCAACUGGUGGAGGGUAUUCAAAGAUCGACCCAACCGAACUUUCUGCUUUUUAACUUGUUUUACUUGUGUUCGAAAGGGGUCCAAUUAAAAUAUUCUCAUCGAUAUAUUCUCAACGAUAUUUUCAUCGAAAUACGGAACCAGAAACUUACACAAUGGGGCGACAACAGGUAUCCAGGUCCCUAGGUGCCAGAAAAAUGAUAAUUUUUUGUAUGGAAAAUUUUUUAGAUCGACAUUUCUGCUUAUGUCCCUAUACGGAACCACCAGAUUUUCGGUAUUUCAAGGGGUUUAAAAGAUAUGUAAUAAAAGUAUUGCAACUGUUUUGAACACUUUUGAAAUUGGGAAAUACUUCGCAAUGCUUUCAUUUCCUUAUGGUGAUGGGUAUUAAAAUUUCUAACCUGCCGAAUGUAACGCCUUCUAUAAUGGUUACUUGUUUAUAACAUUUUUGUCUCUUCCUCCUUAAACCUCUUUCUUGUACCAAAUAUAUAUUUUCUCCUAACCACAAUUCUUACGAACUACUUAAGUAUGUGCGUAUGUAUAAAUAUUUGUAUAUACAUAAUGUCGUUGAAAUAUAGCUGAGUAACCACAGCGUACGAUUUAAUAUUGGCCGUCCAGUACACGGGUAUCGCUGCUACAAUUUAUAGCAAAAAAUGAGCUCAUUUCACAAACUGCUAAAGCACAAAGAUAUUGUGGAGCAUAUUUUCCAAUAUCUGAAGUUGGAAGAUCAAAUAAAAUGUAUAUAUGUGGGUAGAUCGUGGCGCCAAGCUGUAACGAAAUUCUUGUGGAAGAAUAAAUUUCGUUAUCUAAAUGUCUAUAAAACUCCCUAUGUGAGCAUUAUAACGAACACAAGAUCCGAUCGCGCCGAUUUGCUAAAUAUCAAUAAGAAAUUGCAAAAGCUGUUGGACCACAAAACAGCUGUGAAAACGGAUCUUUGCAAUACGUUUCUGGAAGAGGUGGCGGCAAAUGUACGAAAUUUGCGCUUGUAUUCCGAAUAUAUAAGCUAUCAGCAAAAACUGGGCGUGUCCUUUCAGAAUGUUCAGUUGUUUCAUAAUUUACGUUAUUUAAGCUAUAAUCGCCUGGUUGUGUCGAAUAGUCAAUUGAGGCUUUUGGCUCUCGCCUGUUACCAUUUGCAGAAAUUGGAAUUUAUUGAGUGCACGUGUGAGCAAUUGGCGGUGCUGGUACCAGGUGAAAAUCUGGACAUUAGACACUUAUACAAAUUGCAAUACCUGCGUGAACUGGUGGUACAGUGCGAGGAGAUGAUACCCCAACCGGAAAUUGAAUGUCGUAUCCUGCAUGAAAUGUUAUCACAGCUGCGAUUGAGAAGUUUGGUCUUGAACAAUUUCAAAAUCGUGGACAGUGGAGCUGAUACGGUGCGCAUCGCCCACGGGGACUGUGUGAUGGUCUUGAAUGUUGGUGUCAUUUCUCUGGAAUUUUGGCCUGACUUCAAACAUCAUCUGAAAGAUUUCUCCAAUCUCAUUGAUCUAACCAUCAAUGUCUUGAAUUGCGAAACCCUAAUCAAUUCAACGGUACUGGAACUGGUGGCCUACCGUUGUAAGAAAUUGCAGCGCUUGUCAUUGGAGAAUUGUGACUUUUUCAUUGAGGACUUCGGUGUAAUUAAGAGUCUGCGCCAUCUGGCCCUUGUCAACUGCGGCGGUUUCACAGCCGAUAACCUGCAACAGGUGCUGGGUGAAUUGCCGCUGAUAUCGUUCGCCCUACACCACACUCGUGUUCUGGGCACAAUUAUCGAUAUUCGAAUUACACCCACACUACAAGAGCUACAAAUCAAUACGAUUUAUUUCAAUGAAAUCUCCGAUAUUCUUCAAAUGUCGGUGGGGCGUAUGGAAAAUUUGCUAAUUUUGAAAUGGCAAAAUGGCGAUGUCAACGAUGAUUGGAUCAUGGAUAAAUGUCCACAUUUACAAGUGCUGCACAUACCAAAUCCCCAGUUGAUACGUCAUAAAAUUCUCCAAAUGACCACUCUCAGAGAGUUGGCACUCACAUCCUGUAAGGGGUUGUCGUGGCGUUUCUUUGUGUUGCUAAUUAGAAAUCUCUCGUUGAAACGUUUCUCGAUGAAGACAUUCGACAACAUGGAUGGUGGUUCCGAUAUACCGCAGCAUGCCUAUAAUAUUUGUACUUCGCUGGAAAGUAUCCUUAUACCGCAUCACAUCUUCAAAGUGGCUCAAGAUUUCUGGAUGGAUUUGCUGUCCAUGAACAGGCACAUGAGAAUUAUUUUCUAUGGUCAGUAUCGGGACAUGUUUAGUCCCAUGUUCUUGCGCAGUCUACUGAAGCAUCCGCUAAUGGAGCAGACAUUGAAACAAUUGAGAAUAUGUGGAUUUCUUAUAGAUAUUGAAGAUCUUAAAACUUCAUGGGAUGACACUAUGCAAAACCUCAAUAUGAAAAUAAGCCACUAUCGAUCAAGAAAUUUUAAAAUUACAAUUGAAUUGUAAUCAAUAAAAUAUAUUUUUUUAAGGACCUG